UUUUUUCCCUCCUAUUACUGCUGCUCAGCCUCCCGAGCACCAGUACUGGAGUGUGACAAGAGCAGCUAUGCAGUGUGUAAAGCAGCUCUCAGCCUGAGCCUGAUGGUAAAUCCUGGCCAGCGCACACCUCGUAGGCUUGUUGGAGUGUUUCUGCUGGUUCUGCUGAUUAAGCUGCAAGUAAGGAAAGCACAGAGCUCCAGGUGCCAUUUACUGAAGUGAAUGUGAGCGAUAAGAGGACGCACCAAGUGACCAGAAAUUUGGCAAGCGGAAGAAACCAUUUCCUUUUGUUUGUCUUCUGAAGAACCCUGAUUGCUACUCGUUUCCGCCGUGCAAGGAAACGUGAGGGCUUUGCUCAAAGCAAACGUCUUUAUGGGAAAGUUCUUUGUGUUCUUUUUCUAGAACAGUAUUCUGAUUUUAAUUACUAGAACCAAAGCGAAAACGAGAGACAGUCCAAAAAAGAAGGACAAAGCAUAAGGAUGGCGAAUUCGGGAUUUCAGCUCCUGGGCUACUUCUUGGCUCUGGGCGGCUGGAUCGGGAUCAUCUCGACCACGGUGCUGCCCCAGUGGAAGCAGUCUUCGUACGCAGGAGACGCCAUCAUCAUGGCAGUGGGGCUGUACGAGGGCCUGUGGAUGUCCUGCGCAUCCCAGAGUACAGGGCAAGUGCAGUGCAAGAUCUUCGAAUCGCUGCUGUCCCUCGACAUCCACAUUCAGACGUGCCGAGCUCUGAUGGUCAUAUCUGUGCUGAUGGGCUUCAUUGGCAUUAUAGUGAGUGUGGUUGGCAUGAAGUGCACCAGAGUGGGCGACAACAACCCUGCCACCAAGGGCAAGAUCGCUGUGGCGGGAGGAGGCCUCUUCCUACUCGCAGGUUUGUGUACGCUGGUGUCUGUAUCCUGGUACGCAACGCAAGUCUCCGUUCACUUUUUCGAUCCAAACACACCUCAUAAUGCCAGAUAUGAAUUUGGCUCCGCCCUGUUUGUUGGAUGGGCGGCGGCCUGCUUGACGAUCCUGGGCGGCUCCUUCCUGUGCUGCUCCUGCGCUAACGAGGCCCGAGGCGGGCAGCAGUACUACCGGCAAUCACAACCCUCUACUGCCAGGGAGGCUGAGUUAUUGAGUGAGACUAGUUUCCCUGACUGACCAAUCCUCCCUGCCUUUACUCGAGGACCGUUCAAGCUCCGCUCUCUGUUUCUGUCCCUCCUCUACUUCUACCUAGAUUUCAAAUUCGGAUCUUUGUCUCUCUGCUAUACGCUGUGUCACGUCUUCGUUCUUUAAGUCAGAACCCGAUGAAGAGAAAAUGUGGGUGGAAGCCUUUUGUGUGUGUGUGUGUGUGUGUGUGUGUGUCUGUGUAUGCGCAUGUGUGUGUUUUAUCCUACGUCCCUAAAUCUUCGUCAUAAACGUGUACGCAUUAUUCUCUCUAACACACGCAACAAGUAUGAAUUUUUAGUUUUAACUGCAAACUUAAACAUGUCUUUUUCUUUUAAAUUGCAGAGCAAAUGUUAAAAGUUCUCCACCAGACAAAGGGGAGCAGUUCUUGUAGUUUGGGAGAGGGCGACUCCGUUGGUCUCACGCUGGGUUAGAUUUUGGCAACUGACAAGACACUCUCUUGGUAAUAAAUAAGUAAAAUAAGUUAUGAUUAAAGAUCGUAACUUAAAAAGAUAAAAAAAAAGAAAUGGUCAUGUUAAUGUUAACAAAAAAAACAGAAAUGACGUACUACUGUUAUAAAUAUCUGUACUGUUUGCCAUCUUGUACAUGCUUCUGAAUGCAUUCUUAAAUAUAAAAAUAAAAUAAAAAUAAAAAAUAUGACAUGAUAUUGUACUGUACAGGCCUAGUAUUGCUUUACAUGCCACUGAAAAUUAAAAAAUUCAACAUGGAGUGAGCCAAACGUAGAGAUUGUGAAACUAAAAAGAAAAAAAGGUUUUUUUUUUGUAAUAUUAGACCUCAGUUGUAUCUUUCAUGAGACUUGAUUCAGGGUACGUUAAUGAUGCAUUUGAUCAGUUAUGCAAGAUAUUCACUGUUGUUGUGUAGCGUAAGACCGUUUAAAUUCAUAACCAAGCUUUCACUUACAUUUGACUUUUUUUUCUAAUCUGAACAAUACAGAAAUGAUUUUCCUGCUCAUUCACGGAAUAUCCUUCAUUUCCGAGGCCUAGUCCUCACAGUAAUGGCGUUUUAUUGUAUUAUUGUAAAGAAACACAAUGCUGCAUUUGGUAUUUGCAGUUUCAGUAAAAUAAGACCCACACACAUAGAACAGACGCUUUCUGCUGUUGCGUUAGAUUUUUUUUUUUUUUUUUUGCUCUCUCUUUUUAAACACUUAGUGCACAAAUGAUUUGUGGAGAUGAAUUUCAGAUUCCUGACUCACUCGGGAGUUCAGUUCAGCUCACACUGAGAGGCACUCGUCUGCUUUCUUUAGCGGUCAUUCGUGUGAUGGCUGUUUGUUCGCUUGUAAUCACAAACCCUUUUGUUCUGGAUAUGUCUCCUAAUAUUGAAAUAUGUAUCAUCUCAAAUAAAGUGUCUUCUGUUUAUUUCUGUUUUUGAAAUGAAAUAAAAAAAACAUACAAAGUGAA